UGGCUCGGAGAAAACAUAUAAGCGCACCGGACGCUAACACGGUGCCAGCUGCGGAGUCUCCAUCUGGAAGAGCCGCUGCUGCCGAGAGGAGGAGAACGCCGAGGCCGGCGGGACCAACAGAUUCGCUGACCGCCACAUUCGCUGACCGCCACAUUCGCUGACCGCCUCCGACUCCAGCUUGCGCUGCCUCCUGCUCGCGCCGCGCCACUAAGGUGGUCCCCCUUUCUACCAGCCCUCCCCAAGAUAAGCUGGGUCACUCCCGCCUCCGAGAGCCCAGAGCCGAGAUGGAAACGGUCCAGGAGCUGAUCCCCCUGGCCAAGGAGCUGAUGGCCCAGAAGCGCAAGGGGAAGCUGGUGAAGCUGUACGUGCUGGGCAGCGUGCUGGCCCUCCUCGGCGUGGUGCUCGGCCUGAUGGAGACUGUGUGCAGCCCCUUCACGGCCGCCAGCCGUCUGCGGGACGAGGAGGCAGCCGUUGCGGAGCUGCAGGCCGCCCGAGAGCGACAGGCUCUCCAGAAGCAAGCCCUGCAGGACAAAGGCAAGCAGCACGACACCAUCCUCUGCGGCAGGGCCCUCUCCAACCGGCAGCACGCCUCCUAGAAAUGGUGGGAGACCAGUGCAGUGGGAGGGAGAGGCGGCAGACAGAGCGAGCGAAACGGAUUGAGAGAGGCAGGGAGAGACGGAGAGGGCGCGCGCACGGGAGCCUGACUCCGCUGGGAGACUGCAGGUGCACGUGCUGUUUGUUAUCUGGAUUUACUUCAGAGAAGCCACUGACAUCUAGAACUGACCUACCACAAGCAUCCACCAAAAGGAAUUUGGGAUUGAGUUUUGCUGCUGUGCAGCACUGCAUUGUCAUGACGUGUUCAGUACUGUGUAUCUUUGAGUUAUCUAAACGCGUCCACCAUUUUGCACUAGGGAGGAAGGAUAAAUGCUUUUGGAUAAAUGUUUUUUAUAUUAUUAUUAUUAUUAUUAUUACAAUGACCACCAUUUUGCAUUUUGAAAUAAAAAAAAUUUGUAUACCACAUCUCAUUAUCUAAUUCCUGAGAAGUGUGGUGUCCUGGGGUGGGCAGCAGGGAGGCUGAGCAGGAGGGCGAUGGUGAUAAGGUCUCAUCGCUGCACUGCAGAGGGAGCAGCUUCCUGAAGGUCAGACACUUGCUUCAUACCUAGGAACUGUGUGAUAAGCUACUACAUCCAUACAAGUCUGUUGAGUGCUCGUUUUUGCUUCUUGUUAGGAGUGAGAAAAGGGAAACUUUUAUAAGUUCCAUGAGAUUUAGCAUUUCAAGAUCAGAAGGUAGAUCAACUUCUGAGCUAGAGUGAGCGGGAGAUAACUGAUUAAUUCUAAGGCAGAAAAGUUCUUUGUUCCUCACACCUGUGCACCAGAGGGUCCCAUGGCUGAUACCUUUUUCUUCCCAACUGUAUUUUAGAGAAAGAGAGAGAGAAGGGAAGAAAAGGAAGGAGGGAGAUCUGGAGGGGAGGGGAAGGGAAGAAAGGGAAAACUAGCUACCUGGCAGGAAAAGAGAGAAUCUCCCAAGAACACCAAAUCAGAUGAGUCUAGCUCUACCCAGCCUUCCUCUCCACGAACCCAGAUCAUAAUAAGAAACCCUGGGCUAGAAAGA